AUGGAAAUCUACACCACAUCUUUUACGUAUCCGCGUCGUUCACGGCCCACUCAUUCCCCUGCCUCCUCUAUCGACUUCUCUGCCGCGUCCGACUCUCUCAGACGCGUCGAUUCAUAUUCUCAACUCCAACAGUACGCUCACAACAAUAAUCUUUCCGACCCUCAGGGGACUGUGUCUCCUCCCGAUUACGAUGCCGUCCAGAGGCUCGUCGUCAUGGCCAUGGGGCGCCAUGGUGUCCAUAUUUCCUUUACCCCUGCCGACCAAGGCAGGUCUUGGAGCUUUCAGAUUUCCGGAGCAUACCAGCAAGUCAUGCUCGCCAAGGGCCUCAUCUUGACGGAAUGUCCAGUCCCAACUCGUUCCAGCAUCAAGGCGGCGCGCUCAGAUAUAUUGGAUUCUCCAUCGUCGAAGCCGGCUUUGAAACCUGAGGUCCGCCGCCGCCUUGACGACAUAGCGUCGCAAACGCUGGCGCACAUUGCGGUUGUCAAUAGCGCCCUUUCCUUGUCCACACGUAGCCUUCCGGAUGGCAUCAGCAGUAGUGCUGGUUGGUCUGGAUUAGAGACUGAACGUGUCUGUGAACUUGUUAUAACUGGUACUAGUGAUUCAGUGGAGCUUGCGCGCGUCCGGUUGUUAGUGAUGUUGGACGAAAUGAGCGGUCUGCAUGCUGAAACUUGCGAGGUCGACCGUACACUCCACAAUGUAGUUGCCGGUAGGAAGCGAGACGUCAUACAGUCUAUAGAGAAGGAAACUGCCACGAACAUAUACUUCCCGUCUCCUUUACUGGGUGUUGUAGGCCCUGAAGUCGGGCAGUCUGGCGCCAAUUCCUCCCCUUCGUCACAGUUCACGAAAUCUUUGGCGAACACUAUCUGGAUUACAGGCGAGUUCUUCGGUGUCCAGCGGGCACGCGAUAUGCUCUAUCAGGUUUCGUUGACCAAGAGCAAGCAGCUUCUAUCGAGGGACAGUGCUCUACUUCCACGCAAAAUGGAUUGGAUGCUUACCGAACGCGCCGAUGAUCUGAAAAGCUUGAUGCGUGAUAAUGCCACGUUCAUUCAGUUUCCUCCUAUCGGCAGCUCAACGAGCUUGAUCACUGUAUAUGGAGAUAACAGAGUGAACAUUCAGAGGACCAUUCGUUCGAUUAUGCAGCUGGCUUGUCAAUUUUACAUUUCUUCGUUGUGGCUUCUUCCCGCGCAAUACAACGUACUCAUGCCAAGCGCAAGUUUGACCGCGACCCAGGUUACGACCAUUCUGAAGCAAGUAUCCUAUGCUACCGGCUCGGAGGUCGUCUUCAAGGGCAUGAAUUUCGAGAUGCACGGACUAGAGCAGGAAGUACGCGCCGCGGUUUCUAUGCUUUUGGAAUUGGACGUUGUCAAGCAAUUUCAUCACGAGAUACGCUUUCAAAUCGAGCUCGCCAACGAACACCGCGAGUUCAUUAGUGGCAAGAAGAACGGCAAGAUUAACAAGAUCAUGCAAACCACCAACGUGAAAAUCAAAUUUGAGACCUUCAACGACCAUAAUUUUCUCAUCGACAUCGCUGGCAAUGACCUAUCAGUGAUUCAGGGUCUUGGCCUAUUACUAGAAGAACUUCCGGCCGAGAUUUCUUUCCACGUCCCUGAGGCAUAUCACAAGCGCAUCAUUGGAGUGGGCGGGCGGAGCAUCCAGCGAAUCAUGAAGAAGUAUGGUGUAUACGUGAAGUUUUCAAAUGCAGAGGAGUUUGCUGCGAUGGGGGGCUAUAAUGACAACGAGGACAAUGUCAUAGCAAGAACACCUGCGAAGAACGCUAUAAACCUUGACAACUUGAAGCAAUCUGUCAUGGAACUUGUCAAUCCGAAGGAUAAGGAUUAUAUCUAUGAGAGCGUCUCUAUUCCACGAAAAUAUCACCGUAUUUUACUCGGCGAGAAGGGCAUCUUCAUUCAGGAUAUCGAGACUAAGACCAAUUCGACGUUCCACUUCCCGGACAAAGAGUCUGCUUCAGAUCUUAUCUCUAUAUUUGGGCCAGAGUCCCAAGUUCAUAUUGCUGCAGCUAUGCUUUUGGAUCAUGUUCCCUUUGAGGCGGACAUGGCUGUACCCCCGCACCCUGAGCUUUCGCGCAUUUCCGCAUCUGCUGAUUUUGUUACCUUCACCGACCGGAUCAAGCGUGAGUACCAAGUGGUCAUUUCCGCCAAUGUCAAGCCAUCGUCCCCUGGAACAGGAUCAGACUCUCCUUCGGAAUGCUCGUUUAAAUUCCGAUGCCAGCGAAGCAACAGCGAUCUCAUGAUUACCGCUCGCGAAAUGCUCGAGCAGUUCCUGAUCAGUCACAAUGCUCAUAUCUAUCCCUCGGCGACUUCACGCACGCACCAAAGGACAGACUCCUUUACCGAUGCGUUCCCGCACUUCGACAGCAAAGUCCUGUCUACGGCUAGAACCCGUCAUCAAAAUUCCGCCGACCUCGGGCGCCCGUCAGAGGCCAUGAUUGACAGGCGGCUCCGACUCGCAAGCUCGUCUCCAGAUGUCAAGGCCUUGUUUAAUAACUCUCCUUCCUACAUCUACCACGUCGAAGAAGAGGAAGAUCUGGAUCCACAGCCAAAUUAUGUACCUGGGCCGUCCGCCGACUACUGGACACCUCUGCCACCGAUCGGCUCCGGUGUUCCUUCUCGUACGCGGCACAGCGAGGAUGCACUCAAGCGAGGUUCAGAUUCGUUGUUGGAAGCGAAACUCAAGGAUCAGCUAUCGAAGCCACGCUCGUUGACCAACCGUGCUCAGUCGCUUGACCUCACCUACUCUCUGACUCGUAUCAACGAAGUGCCUCGACCGUCAGGCCUCUCUCGCCCAGAUUCGCCCGACACUGCUACUGGUACGGGAACUGGUACUGGUGGAAGCUCAAGCCCCAUCUCUGCGACUGCACCAUCGUUCCCCAGCGUAUAUGGUCCACCCGUAGGUGGCCGAAGUGGUAUUGCCUCUGGCUCUGCGCAUCUCGGUCGAGGAGGGCUUGUGAUGGAUCAGGAAGGCAUGGACGAAGUGACGAGAGUGAUCUCGAACCUAGGUCUUUAG